UAGAAACACGUGAUGCCCCGUUUUGACAGUAAUGGAUCCCCCCAAAUCCACUCACCUCCAACAGUUGGUUCCCCAUCUCCAUCAUCUGUGGGGAGAGAGCCCGAGAAAUUUAGGGUUGAGAGGUGAGUGGCGGCGGAAGGAAUCCACAAGUUGCAAGGGUGUGGAGGCGGAGGAGUGGCCUCGAUUGGGGAUCGGAGGUGGUGAAUCUCGGUGGAGAGGCACAAUCCAAGGCGAUAAGCGUCGAUUUGCAAGGGUGGUUCGUGGGCGAAUGGCGAAUCAAGGGCAUCCAGGCGGAGGGUGGCGUCGGCGUCCAGCCGUGGUGAGGAAGGUCGCCCUCCCGCAGUGGCGCACCAGGGGGGCUCCUCGCAAGCUGGGAGUGAGCAAUCCACCAAGGCUGGAGGUGGAGAGAUGAGGGGCCAGAUGAACAAAGGGGGGAAGCUGCAGCAAUAUCGUCCAGUUCAGAAGGAGAAGAAUCAAACUGAAGAGAAGAUUGCGACAUCUGCAGUGACUCCUCAGACUGCAACCCAGCAACCAACUCCACCACCCAAUUCUCGCACUGGUAUGCAAACUAACCCACAGAGAAUUUUCUGCCACAGAUGCAAAGGUUUUGGCCACAUGGCUAGGGAUUGUAGCAAUGUUGUCUUCUGUAUAAAUUGUGCCAAACCCACACAUAGGACAGAGGAUUGCAUCUAUGACAAGCAGCCGAGGCCUAUGGCAAAGCUAGUAGGGUAUGGUGCUCCAGGUUUAGGUUGCAUCUUAAUUCAAAACACUAAGCCUGACCCACCUAAGGAGCAUAAUAAUCCUCUGGCUAUGAUCUCUACUGUCUUUGGUGGAGAAUUGACAGAAGCUCAACUUGAGCAAGGUUUCACGCAACAAUUUAAGUGGAAUUGGGUUUGGAAAGCUAAAGCAAUGCCUAAUGGAAGCUUUCAGAUGAGAUUUCGUAACAAGAUAAAGUUUGAUGAGCUUGCAAACUUUGAUUAUUUCAAUGUCAAGGGCACUGAUGUGCAAGUUAAUGUGAAAGAAUGGACCCAGAAAUCUGAAGCAGUUGGGAAGUUGCAUAUUGUCUGGGUCAAAAUCACUGGAAUUCCUGAGGAAAUGAAGGGUUACCAAGCUUUGUAUGAAAUUGGGUCAAAUCUAGGGCCUGUCUUGGAGGUUGAUAUGGCUACUUUCAGAGCUAGCAAUGUGAUCAGGGCAAAAGUUGGAAUGAUGGAGCUGGGUGUUCUGCCUUUGAAACUAGUGUUAACUUCUCCCAAGGGACUUUUGUUCCAAGCUCAUUUCAGUCUAGAGGAGGUGGUGGAACUGGGGUGGUUUAGUGAUCAGCUAGAUGACACUUUUGAGAAAAUUGAGAUACAAGAAAAUACUCUGGAGGGUAGCAGUCAGAGAGAGGGUAAGCAAGUUGUGGUGGUGGAUCCCAUGACAGAAGAUCACCAUGUCAGUAAGACGGGUAACGGGCUAUUGAAGUUUGUCAGAAGCAAGUCCUGGUGCCAGAAUUGAUGCUGGGAGAACAUAAGAUCAAAUGUGCACAGAUCUUGAGAGACAUGGAGUUGGCAAUGCAACUGCAGAAAGGAGACUGUAUUCUGACUCAGUGCUGUGAAGGAAGGAAAGAGGUUGGGAAAAAGGAAAUGUCACAGGAGCAGGUUGAUACUCUGCAGCAACCGAUGAAUCAAAAGUUGGCUGAAGAAUUAGAAAGCUCUUAGACAGAUGUUCCAGGGGAUAAGGAGAAUAGAGUCAGUUUUGAUAUGGGUUUGAAUCAAGAAGACAAGGACAAAGUAGAUCCGGGGGACAGUGAAGAUUACAUGGAUUCUCAGGAGUCUAAGGGAAGUUUUGCUAAGAGGUUGGGGAUUAAUCUAACUGAAGAAGCUCUUGGAAGUCAAGAUGAAGAGAUGAGGAGAAGCAAGAGACUGAAAGACAAGGAAGAUAAGAGGUCCCAAGAGAUGGCAAUGGAAAGGAAAGAAGCACAAAAUGCUUUCAUCAAUAAAAAUUCCCUCCUUCAUACAUGAAUCAAAUGUCUCUUUAAUUGAUAUUGCUAGUGUUUUAGGGGUCAAUCUGGGUUGUGCUGUUGAUGAUAUAGCCUCUAAUAUUAAUCUGAUUAGAGACUUAGAGAUGGCCAGAAUUAACCUCUUUCUGAAAGAGGGAACAAAUUCUGAAGGUCAACAUUGUCUUGAUUCCUUUGAGAAUUCAAAUCCUGAUUUAAAUGUUUUUUCUGAUGAUUUGGAUUCUGAAACUAAUGAUGAGGAUUUUAAAGAAAUUGAGCAUGUGCUUAAACA